AUGUACGAUCGAGCAUCACGUAGUUUUAAUCAAACGGCAGGAUGCACCUUAGAUCAUGUCGGCCCCGGCACAUACGAUCACCAGAGGAAGCGAGUUCAAGACGAAGGCUACGCACCCUUCCUAUCGCUGGCGAAUCGUGGACAAAUAUUCUCGAACGAUGAAAAUCCUGGACCUGGCCACUACGAUCUCCGUAAUGCUCAUGUGUCAAACGUUAAAGGAGGAAGUACACUUGCCAAUCGAGCUAGUCGAUUCAGCUCGAAAUUAACCGAAGAUACACCAGGACCUGGCACAUACGAACUUCGCAAAAGUCAAUCCGCUCGUGCCACUGCCGCAGAUAUUAAUAAACAGCCGCGGCAAAAUUUAGUGAAAUAUAAUCGGAAGUCUCUUCCGCCUUCAAUUCCCGAUCCGAAAUUUGCCUAUGGUUUCGAAGAAGAUAACACUGGUAUCUUAGUUCCACAGAAACCUCCGACAAGAGAUGGUUCUCUUGGACCAGCUUUUUACAAUCCACCACCGAAUGUUGAAGUCGAUGCAACAAAACUCUAUCAUGGUGUUCAUUUUGGUAAAUACUCAAGUAAACGUACAGACUUUGCAGGGAAAACUGGUCCUGGUCCUGGUGAAUACGAUCCAAGCGAUCCAGUUAAACUCGAAGUGCAUCAUAUGAACAUGAGAGCAGCCGAUCGUCGGCCUGAGUUGCAAGUGGCACGAUAUCCUGAAAACAUCCUUAAAGUAGCCAAUAAAGAAAGUAUCCCGGGGCCUGGUCAGUACUCGAUUCGACGUGAUUUAGAUCCUGAGCAAGCAAAAGGAGAUAUCAUUGGUUUAGAAUUUGAACGACCGCCAUUUGGUUCACAAACUAAACGAUUUGAUAGUGUAAAUUCAGAUGUUCCUGGUCCGGCGGCGUACACUGAUAAAUACAUGUCUGCAUUUAAUACUUCCCAAUCGAAACCUUCCAGUUUGAAGCGAAACCCUUUCAACCAAACUUCGGCCAGAUUCGUGAGUAUCGACUACAAAGCGAGAAGUGCUCCCGGACCUGGUCAAUAUCGCAUUCCUGGAUUCGCUGAUGAAAACCUACGAAAAGCAGUCGUGGAAAACGGUAAAAAGCCACCCUUCAAUGUUGCCUCUGUACGAGGAUUGAAUAUGGCACGAAAAGAUGAAUACAAUGCACCAGGUCCAAGCAGUUAUGAUAUUAAAACAACGCCAUUUAAAUCCAAAAUCGAGCAUCCGACUGCGAAUUUUUCGUCGACAACCACACGAGAACUCAUUGUUGAAGAUAUUCCCGGCCCAACAGCAUACGAUGUUUCACGUGCCUAUCAUGCACUCACAUCGUCUCAUAAGCAAGGGCCACGAUCUAAGAAUGCUCGCAAACGUCAUGGCCAAUUUCUGAGCGCGGCUAAACGUACAUUUGCUGGCGAUGCCACAAAUGAUACACCUGGUCCAGGUGCAUAUGACGGAUAUACUACUGAGCAUCCGCGUGGUGUAGCACCACCACGUGACACUCGUUUCCGUUACGAAAAUUCCAGAGGACCAGGUCCUGCUGAUUAUGAAUUAUCGCCACUUCUUCAAGAUACGAUUCUUCGUGGUACAUUUAACACAACAUUGAACAAUCCUGUCCUGGCUAAACUACAAAAUCGUGCCUUACGUGAAGAGAAAUUGUCGACUACCAAGACAAAGCCUGUUGGUAAUAUGGAUGAUCUCAAAGAAGUAGCUGUUCACACUUAA